AUGGCGUCCGACGAGAUCAUCUGGCAAAUUAUCAACCAGCAGUUCUGCAGCUUCAAACUCUCCACAACUAAGAAGCAGACGUUUUGCAGAAACGAAAACAAUGUCACGGGUCUCUGCAACCGACAGUCGUGCCCGCUGGCCAACUCCCGCUAUGCCACCGUUCGACGAGCCCCGAACAAGGACACGCUGUACUUGUACAUGAAGACAGUCGAGCGCGCACACAUGCCCUCGAAGCUAUGGGAGCGCAUCAAGCUGCCCAACAACUACGCCAAGGCGCUGGAGAUGCUUGACGAGAAGCUCAUCUACUGGCCCAAGUUCCUCAUUCACAAGUGCAAGCAACGUCUCACUCGCCUGACGCAAGUCAACAUCCGCAUGCGAAAGAUCGCCGCCGAGGAGGAGCGUAUGGGCGAAAAACUUGUACCAAAGAUGGCGCCCAAGAUCCGGCGCCGUGAGGAGGCCAGAGAGCGCAAGGCAGAGGCCGCCGCAAAGUUGGAGCGUACCAUUGAGCGUGAGCUUGUCGAGAGAUUACGUUCCGGCGCCUACGGCGACCAGCCCCUCAACGUCAGCGAGUCGAUCUGGAGAAGGGUCCUCAACUCCAUGGAGAAGGAGGGUGAGGGCAAGCGUGACAAGGACAUGGACACGGGCGUCGAGUCGGAUCAGGAGGGCGAAGAAGAGGAGGAAGACGAGGACGACCUGGAGAAGGAGGUCGAGUACGUUUCCGACAUCGAGGAGAGCGACGAGGAGCUCGAGGACAUUGAGGACUGGCUCGAGAGCGACGAGGACGCCGAGAACGAUGACGAGGAGGACGAUGAGGAAGACUCGGAGGACAGCGACGAGGAGGCGGCCCGCAAGGCUGGCGACAAGCGGAAGCGCGGCCGCGCGGUCAAGAUGAACCAGAAGAGGCUCAAGCAGAAGCAGACCGAGGAGCGGCCCAAGAUCGCGGAGGAGUUGACCUGGUAG